AUGAAUAUCGGCAAUAAACUAUACCUAAAAGACAUUGAAGAUAUUGCUGAUGAUUCACAUCUCAAACUACGGGUGUUAAAGAUUUGGAAUUUUAUAAAAAAUAACCAGGGUACAAAAUACCAAUCUCCUGUUUUCAACCAAAAUUUUUCCAGAUUUCGUGACCUUUUAAAGGAAGGAAUUGGUCAAGCCCAAAGUCAUUUUGAUGUAACCAAAAUGUUCAUUAAUUCUGACAUUGUUGAAAUUAAUGAGUUUAAGAAAGAAUUGAAAGCUGAUAACAAUGGAGGUAUGUCUGAAAAAAGCAUAACUACACUCCCAAGCUACUCUUCUUCUUAUAUAGAUGAUUUUAAAGGGGAUUUCCCUUUAAAAACUGUUUGUGAGGUCACAGAACCACUGAAGGCUGGCGACAGUUUGGAACUAUUUCCAAAUCAAAUGAACGUCUUGAAAAACCGCAAAUUUGCGUUUCUUGUAGAUAUUACAGCCUACAAUGUCACCAACUAUAACAAUAUCUACACCGUUGUCAAACUUACAGAAGAUGUGUCCAUUGUUUCCGAAUUGGAAAGUAAACUAGAACUUAUGAGUGUUCAAUCAGUGCCCUUAAAUGAAGUACCCCUGGAAUCAGAUGAUGUUGUUCAGAAUGUUCAAAAGGAUGUCAUAUCACAAACGGACGAGAGUUUUACUCCCUCAACAGCUGAUAAAUCAUCCGCAACAAGUCCAAUGAAAAUAUCAGGUGAUUUGAAGCGCAACCUCCAUGACAUUUAUGAUGUUGAUGGUGGAGGUGAUUUGAGUUCAACAAAAUCUAAAAGAAUAUCAAUGGGAGAGGGAAAUCCACUUUUAGUUCCAAAAGUGGAAAAGUAUCCUUCUGUGGUUAGACUACCUUUUCAUCUUCCUAAUCAACAACAUAUUGUAUAUGGCGAAGACGAUGAUAUCGACGAUGUUCUGGGCAAACCUUCUGUUGCUGCUUCAAAGUUCACAGCUUGGAUGGAAUGUAAUGCAAUUAAUAGUGAAGCACGAGAACUUACAUAUGUUGAAUUUCCUACAAAGUUUGUUUGGGUAUUAAAUGGUAGGUUUUGGAAGAGAAGGAAAAUAGGAAAAGCCAUUGGUAGAAUUCAUUCGGUUUCACCUAAUCUUGGCGAAGCUUAUUUUUUAAGGAUUCUUUUAAAUAAAGUUAAAGGUCCGACAUCAUUUGAUGAAAUUUGCACGGUAAAUGGUGAAACAUAUUCUUCUUUUAGAGAUACUUGUUAUGCACUCGGGCUAUUAGAUGAUGACAAGGAAUACAUCGAUGCAAUUAAGGAAGCAAAGGUUGUUUGGGAAAAUACAUGGGAAUAUUUGGCGGAUGGAAUUCUAUAUAACCAACGACAAAGGUUGAAGUCUCCAGACUUAUCACUCGGUGAAGAUGAAGUUAAGAACUUAACUUUGUUUGAAAUAGAACAAAUUUUACUUCGAAACAACUCCACUCUCAAAAAUUUCACAAAGAUGCCUUACCCAGAUGUUGAAUCAGUUUCUUCUUCGAACAAUCGACUUAUCAUUGAGGAGCUAGAUUACGACAUUCCCGUUAUGAAGAAUGAGUUUGAUCAUAUGUUUCUUGCAUUAACAAAUGAGCAACGUAAUAUUUUCCUUAACAUCAUGAGUGAUGUUAAAGAAAAUAAAGGAGGUGUUUUCUUCGUUUAUGGUUAUGGUGGAAUGGGUAAAACUUUUCUAUGGAAGACAAUAUCUGCAGCAAUUAGAUCAGACGGUAAUAUUGUUUUAAAUGUUGCUUCAAGCGGUAUUGCUCCGUUAUUGUUGCCCGGUGGUAGAACAGCACACUCUCGAUUUAUACUUCCAUUUGAACUUACAGAGGAUUCUUUUUGUAAAAUAAAUCCAGAUGGUGACUUGGCUAACUUAUUAAGAAAAACCUCUUUGAUAAUUUGGGAUGAAUCACCUAUGAUCCAUAAGCAUGCAUUUGAAGCUUUAGAUCGAACUUUGAAAGAUGUAUUAAGGUUCAUUAAUUGA